ACGUUGUGAGUUUAUCAAGUUCUGCUGUGACUGUGGCAGUCUGUUGACUUCUAACCAAAAAGCAGCGAUUUACAUUGGAAACCUAAAAGACAUGAUUGUGUUGCUUUCUCCGGGGAUGUGAUUCUUUUUGGUGCGUCCGGACCGAUAUUGUGCUGUUAAGAAUUGGAAUUCAAGCACGUUUGUGACUUUGUGGCUUCGGAUCUCACUAUGUUGGCGAGUUCCGUCAUUUACGCUGCCAAGAAACGAAAGAAGCCGCUUCAAAAAGUACCCAAACUGCCACCUCCCGAAGGGGCUAAAUCAAACCCGUCCAAACGGCAUCGCGACCGACUGAACACCCAACUGGAAAAACUGACCAGCCUGCUACCCUUCACCGAAGAGGUCCGCGCUCGUCUGGAUAAAUUGUCGGUGCUGCGGCUCGGUGUGGGUUACCUGAAGGUUAAGAGCUUCUUUAACGCUACCCUCAGGAAUGGUCAGAAUGGCUCCUGCAUGACAAGUCAAAAGCUGUGGGGAGAUGUCCACAAUGCACUCUUGUCCUCCACCGGGACCUCCCAAGUGUCCUCCUUGGAUGGAGUCAGCUUCUCAGAGGGAGACCUGCUCCUCCAGGCAUUGAAUGGCUUUGUGUUAGUGGUGACCACCGAAGGUUAUGUCUUCUAUGCCUCGCCCACCAUACAGGACUUCCUGGGCUUCCACCAGUCCGAUGUCAUCCACCAGAGCAUCUUUGAGUUGAUCCACACCAACGAUCGAGCUCUUUUCAGACGCCAGCUUCACUUUGCUUUCGAUCCGCAUUCCAGCCAGCGGGACGGCCUCGCAGAGGGCGGCGAUGAGCAAAGCAGCAGUGAAGUCAGCACCAACCUGAGAACCUACAACCCGCAAGUCAUACCUCCAGAAAACUCUUCUUUCCUGGAGAGGAAUUUCUGCUGCCGGUUCCGAUGUUUGCUUGACCACUCAUCUGGCUUUGUGGCAAUCAACUUCUGCGGACGCCUGAAGUUUCUCCACGGUCAGAACCGGGUGUCGGAGCUUGGCGAGCGGGUUCCCCCACAGCUGGCUCUGUUUGCCAUUGCCAUACCCGUGCAGCCGCCGUCCAUCUUGGAGAUCCGCACCAAGACGGUCAUGUUCCAGACCAAGCACAAGCUGGACUUUACGCCGAUGGCCAUUGACAGCCGGGGGAAGGUGUUUCUGGGUUACAGCGAAGCAGAACUCUGCAUGAAGGGUUCCGGUUAUAACUUCAUCCACGCUGCGGACAUGAUGUACUGCGCUGACAACCACGUCAGGAUGAUCAAAACAGGAGAAAGUGGUUUUACCGUCUUCAGACUGCUGACUAAAAAUGGAACGUGGCUCUGGGUCCAGGCCAACGCCAGGUUCAUCUUAAAAGAAGGAAAGCCAGAUUUCAUCGUGGCCCGCCAGAGAGUUUUGACAAAUGAAGAAGGAGAGGAACACGUUCGUCUACAUCGGCUGCAGCAGUCGUUUAGCCUCACCACCGGAGAGGCGCUGUUGUACGAUAAGGCACCGACCGUCGACAUGCCCGACACCUGCUCGCCCGCAAAGCAGAGGAAGCUCGAUGAGUACUCGGUCAGACCCAACUCGCUCCAGAGCUGCAUUGUGAACCAGGGUCAAACUGUCUACUGCCAGCACAAGAGCGCCAACACGCUUAACGACGACGCCUUUAAGGACACGCACGCCACAAUCGGCGUUCGCGGAGAUUUCUGGCAGCACCCGUCGCCCAAAGCUGCUGUCGAGAGCAUGAUCAAGUCUGAGGACGCCAUCCAGGACAUGAUGGAGACUCUGCAGCAGAUCCUGGGGGACGGCAACCUCGCAGAGACAGUGGAUGUGAGCGCCGAUGAGCUCAAGAGCUGGGAAAGCACUCUUCUGAAGGUAAGAAACAACAGCUGCGACCUGGCCGACGACUUGAACGACGUUAUCGUGGAUGACGUCCUGUUGUACGUGGAGGAGCAGCUUCAAAAAGAGGCUGCGCUAAAGUUACCUGAGCGGCUGGAUACCCGCGUGCCAACUUUGAACUUCCAGAGCCAGGCUUCUGCUUGUCAAGGGUCGGUACAAAACUUGAGCUGGGCUCAAGACCCUCUGGACCAGUUAUUAGCCAGCAGUGGGCAGAUGUCUGAGGAACCACAUGUGGGGAUGGUGGAACGGACCCUAAUAGAUCUUCCUCAGAUGAAUUCUUCUGGUUUAAACCUUCCAGUGGCAGAGCCCAUCUUUGACCCCCGUUUCGUGGACUCCUGUGCCGAGACACAAAACCUGAGCAGUGUUCAGGUGAGUUUCAUGGACAAUAACCAAGGAGUUUUCUGGCAUAAGCAAUCAUGUCAGAUUUAUCCCAAUCAAAUGGUUCAACCAAACGGCCACCUGUCAACGGAGCACCGUACACAAAGACAGCCUGCAUUUAGCUUACAGUAUGGUCAGAGGAACUCAAACCACGUCAACACCCAAAAUGUUCCCAAUGGCUCGGUGAUCGCGGCAGAUCCGGCGGCGUCCAGUUGCAUGGACAGCCGCUUCGUGCUUCCCGGUCAAGAACCGCAGAACCUGAGACAGUCUUGGCAGCUCGAGCAGCCACCGCGGCCGCAGCUCAUUUCAGACGGACUGACGGGCAUCACCCGAUUGGCAGAUUUUCAGCCUAAUCCGGCCGUUGCGUACAGUUCAAUGACUUCAUUUCCCGUUGAGCAAGGCAUCAUGGGGGCGCCUGUCACGACAUCAAGCGUAUUCAGAAUCAACCCCCCCUUUGUGCCUCCCAACGUAAGACAGAUUCCGCAAAGAUUGAAACACAGCAGCGGUCACAUUUCCGGUCCCUCCUGCUUUAACCAGGACGGCGGCAACGAGUCUUUGUUCAACUUAGAUAUGGCGCCGCUUUCCCACCAAAUGGCUCCAAAUAGUGUGAACCCGGGCAACCUGCAGAUGCAGCAGCAGCCAUGCUUCAACCUCGGCAACCAGCUCAUCAGCCACUCGGUUAUCGCAAAUGGCGGCAUGGCAUUUCCUCAUUGCGCAACGGGAACUUCUGCUCCUCACAGAGCAAACGGGAACAUCAACUGAAAGACAACGGAUCCCCGGAAAUGUGCUUAAGAGAAAGACAAAUAGCUCUGGAUAACGAAAUAAGCCAAGAAAGAUCAUCUGGAGUUUAAUUUGUGUUUUGAAACAUGGAUCAUCACCAAAGAGUGGAAGUUUAGCACUAAGCUGCUCCCAAAAAGUUUCAAUUUGAGGCUCCUUCCUGGGUAGAAACCACAUUCUGAAUUGUCACAACCUGUAUAUAAAAAAAUCAAAAUGGCUGUUUUUUUUUAUAAUUAGAAUCUCGAAAUUUCAAAUGUUUAAAAAAAAUAUAUAUUCACUUGAACUUUGUGGUCUUCUGUAUCACUCACUCUCACUCGACCUCCUUGAAUCACACAGAACCGCAGGAUC